AUGGAUCGCCCCAAUCGUCUGCCGGAGGGCCGCUUCUACUUGCCGGCCGACCCAGAGGACGGCUACCGCGCGCUCCUUGGAUGCCGCGAUGGUCUCGUCCUCAUUCUCCGGCUACCUUGGAGGUGCCCCGAGAAAACAAAAACACCCCUGGCAUCGUGGCGCCCGGUCCUGGUGUGGGAUCCUGUCAGCGGCGACCAGCACCCCAUUCCUGUUCCCCUGGUGCCUGAUGAUGUUAAGCUCUCAUGGUGGAACAACGGGGCGGUGCUUCGCCGUGCCGGAUUAGACCAGUUCCAGGUAGUCUUGUUGAUGGCAGAGGAGGAAAAACAAAAUAGAAGAUUGAUCGCCUGGAUUUACUCGUCCGAGACCCGCGAAUGGGGUAAUCCCACCUCGACAUUGCUUCCAUCCUGGGACUUCUUAGGAGAUAUGGCCAAGCCUGCUGUGCUCGCUGGGAAUUCGCUUUACUGGAUCCUUGUUGGUAGUUUAUCAAGCAUCCUUGAGUUUGAUUUGGGUACGGAGAGAUUAAUUGUGAUACCUGUGCCGCGGCAAUUGCAUAUGAUGCACAGGAGCCACUACUCGAUUUUGCAGGCUGAUGGGGGUGGGCUUGGUUUCCUCUGUCUGUUAGAGUGGGACUACAAGGCCGUGUUAUACAACUGGAAGACAGAUUGUGAUGGCGUUGGUUCAUGGGUGAUCGUAAGAGUCAUUGAGCUGGACAAGCUACUUUCACUGAAUGAAGAGAAGAAGUACAAGCUACUUUGCGAGAAUGAACAUAAGGAGGGCACAGGGAUACUAGGGUUUGCUGAGAAGAAUAAUGUGAUACUCUUGAAGACGUUUAUCGGCCUGUUUAUGUUUGAGCUUGACUCAUUGCAGUUAAAGAAACUUCCCAGGACCCACGAGCACAUAUUCGAUGUGCAUGAAUUCGUCCAUGCAUUUGAAUGUGUCUACGCUGCAGGUACAGGCUUUGGUGGUGGACAUGAUGGAGCAGAAGUUUUGCACAAUGCAUAA